CGAGAGAGAGAGCGAGAGAGAAAGGGAGAGCGAGAGAGAGAGAGAGGGGUGCACAAUCUUGCUCCACGAGCAUCAUCACUUCGGGAUAUCCACGCUCAUGUGGUCCUGAGCGAGAAAAGACACGGCCGAUUUCCACGGGAUGAUCACAUCGAUUACUGCCUCUAUUAUUGAUUUUUAUCGGGGGUGUUAUCGACAACGCUCAGUCUUUUAAACAUGGUUUCCUUCUUUGCCGCCUUCUGGAAGUGAUUGGCUGCAGGUGCGCCAGGCUCGCUUUGGCAAACAUGUCCUUUUGGGAGCGACGUUGAAGUGCACGACUUUGGGGAGUCCUCUCUGAAAAGAACUAAAAACAUUCAAAAUAAAUAAAUCUGUGUAGCCAAGGACACCCUCUUUAAUCACCGCCAUGGCUUUUUAAAGUGACUGCGCGGGGAUUUUUUUUUUUACCAUUUGGAAACUGUUGUGCAGGACUGGUUUGGGGAAAAAUGAAAGCAUCGAUUCCUUUUCUGAUCGUACUUCACGCAAUUGUGGUCCAUUGCCUGAAAGUGGUGUCAAAGAGAGGCUCGGUGGAAGGAUGCACAGAUUGGUCCGUGGACUAUCUGAAGUACAAGGUGCUCCUGGGCGAACCCGUUCGGAUUAAGUGUGCUUUAUUCUAUGGAUAUAUCCGGGCCAACUAUACGCAUGCUCAGAGCUCAGGACUCAGCCUGAUGUGGUACAAAAGUGCGGGACAUGGUGACUUUGAAGAGCCCAUCAGUUUUGAUGGCACACGUAUGAGCAAGGAGGAGGACGCCAUAUGGUUCCGGCCAGCUGAGAUGGAGGACGUGGGCUACUAUUCCUGCGUAUUAAGGAACUCCACCUACUGCAUGAAGGUCUCCAUGUCCCUCACCGUGGCAGAAAAUGACACAGACCUCUGCUACAACGCCAAGAUGAGGUUCUUUGAGAAGGCGGAGCUGAGCAAAAGCAAGGACAUCACCUGCGCUGGCAUCGAAGAUUACACCCAGUCAGGAGUGGAGCCUCAGAUCAAGUGGUACAAGGAGUGCAAGCCAAAGCAGUGGAGACAGACAAUCGAGAGGCGGAGCGACAUCCUCUCCAUCAAGGAAGUUCGGGAAGAUGACAUUGGGAAUUACACCUGCGAAUUACAGUUUGGAAACUUUGUGGUGCGGAGGACUACAGAGCUCUCGGUCACAGCUCCUCUGACAGACAAGCCACCCAAAAUCCUCUCCCCGUCCGAGAGCCAGACGAGCAUCAUCGAGAUGGCACCAGGGAGCCCGGCCAACCUGACGUGCAGAGCCUUCUUUGGCUACAGCGGCGACGUCAGCCCGCUCAUCUACUGGAUGAAGGGGGAAAAGUUCAUCGAGGAUCUGGACGAGGAGCGGGUCCAGGAGAGCGACAUUAAGACAAUCCGUGAGCACUUGGGGGAGCAAGAGGUCUCCAUCUCGCUCACCGUUGAUUCCCUGGAGGAGAGCGACCUGGGCAACUACACCUGCUACGUGGAGAACGGCAACGGUCGGCGACAUGCCAAUAUCCAACUCGUCAAGAAAGCGGAGCUGAUGUACACAGUGGAACUGGCGGGUGGUCUUGGUGCCAUCCUCAUGCUGCUCAUCUGCCUGGUGACGCUCUACAAGUGCUACAGGAUCCAGUUCAUGCUCUUCUACAGGAACCACUUCGGCAGCGAGGACUUAGACGGAGAUAACAAAGACUACGACGCCUACCUUUCCUACACAAAAGUGGACCCCGACCAGUGGAGUCAGGAGACCCGCGAGGAGGAACGCUUUGCUCUGGAGAUCCUGCCUGACGUGCUGGAGAAGCAUUAUGGGUAUAAACUCUUCAUUCCAGACAGGGACUUGAUCCCCACAGGAAGUUUCACCAGUGAUCAUUUCCAGGAUGACACCAGACUACUUAGAGCUUACAUCGAGGAUGUUGCACGCUGCGUGGACCAGAGCAAGCGCCUCAUCAUUGUGCUGACGCCCAGCUACGUGGUGCGGAGGGGGUGGAGCAUCUUUGAGCUGGAGACGCGUCUGCGCAACAUGCUGGUGACGGGGGAGAUCAAGGUCAUCCUCAUCGAGUGUGCCGAGUUGCGCGGCAUCAUGAACUACCAGGAAGUGGAGGCCCUCAAACACACCAUCAAAAUGCUGACGGUCAUCAAGUGGCGCGGGCCGGCCAGCAACAAGCUGGACUCCAAGUUCUGGAAGCAGCUGCUGUACGAGAUGCCGUUCAAGCGCACCGAGCCCCUGAGCAUCUCCCACGAGCAAGCGCUGGAUGUCAGCGAGCAGGGCCCCUUUGGCGAGCUCCAGGCGGUGUCGGCCAUCUCCAUGGCGGCGGCCACCUCCACCGCCAUGGCGACGGCACACCCGGACUUGCGCUCCACUAUCCACAACUCGUACCACACCCAGAUGAGGCAGAAACACUACUACCGCACUUACGACUACGAGCUGGCACCGGGGGGCACUAUGCCGCACCUGUCCUCCGGCAGAACCCAGCACACGUACUGCAACAUCCCCAUGACGCUCCUGAACGGACAGCGUCCGCAGUCCAAGUCCCCGCGGCAGCAGAGUUUGGAGGAAGGCCACGGCAACAACGCCAUGCUGCCGCUGUUGCCCCGGGAGACCAGCAUAUCUAGCGUCAUCUGGUGACCGAGCGCAGCUCUUGUCGUGUCUUAUCAAAGCGGAAAAAGGAAUAAGAAGCUGCUCCACGCCUGUAAAAAAAAAAAAAAAAAAAAAGAUGUAAACAUAAGCCAACGCCGGCGAACAUGGCUGGGAAAGUGCCGGAAUACAGGGUCCUGUACAUAGCCUUUGUAAUUCUUUGUAGCAUUUCUUUUUGUCGAUAUCGUUUGGGACUUGGGUUUCUGAAGCAGCGUGUUUGCGUGCCAGUGUGUGUGUGUGUGUGCAUCAAGGGAGGGGUCGGGUCUCCAGGAGCAACGUCUCCGCUGCUGCGCCCACUGAAAAGGACACAAACUCAGGAGUCACACACGCCCCGACGAGUGGGAGCGACACCCGAGAAACACGGUGCUAGGCUACCAUCGCUCUUUCUACGACGAUGACAUGGACUCGUUGCUUACCUUGACAUACGAUUCUAUCGCAGAAAAAAGCGGACGUAUAUUAUUUUAUGAAAAGAGUCUAUUUUUGUAACAGAGGGUUAUUCGCGGGUGAUGUUAGCAGCGGAAGUCUAGUGAUGAAAUCACGGUAUGUCUUACAUAGCCAGAUGGCCAAUACAGUAUUGAUGUGCAAAAGUCUGAGGACAUCUUAAGAUUUGUUACCAGGAAGUCACAACUGUUAGCAGUGGUGUUGUUAUUUAGCAGGGGUCCAUGGAGGACAGCAACUUCUGGGACUCAUACGGGAAAAAUUCAAUCCAAUGGAGUCUUCAAUAGACCAAAUCGGUUUGGAUAUCACUUUGAUACUUUCUGUAAAGCUGCAACGAUUUAACCUGACUCUCGCCAGACCCUUUAGUUCGCUGAGGUCCACACAAGGGUCUGGGCUCGAAGGCAUUGCAAACUCCUUCAAGAUAGCAAAAAAUAAUGAGCCAAUCAGGAUCGCCGGACGGGAUUUCAUAGAUGUGACGUAGGGCCGAAACGACUGUUUGAUUCAAACAACAAUGGUGGCACGCAGCGAGUUGUGUCAUUGUGUCGUGUUCUGAUAUUGAUUCUGCUAUUGCAACUGUUUUGUCGAAUCUAUCGAAUAUUAAUUCUUUAAAAGAUGAUCAGAGAACGGUUUUGAAGGCAUUCUUCGGACCGGGUUUGGAUUUCCCAGCGUCGCUCUCAUCAGCGUCACGGGUUAAUUUGGAUGUGAGUGGUUCAAGAUAACGGACAAGUGGUUUAUCCAAUCACAUGCAAUGAUUUUUUUUACAAGGUCCCGCCUUCUGAAAUACAUCUCCUAUUUAGAACUCCCAGAUCCUUGUGUAGAGCUCAGCGAACUACAUGGAUCUGGCGAGAGUCAGGUUAGCAACAAUUCAACUAUGAACAAUUUUUCAUUUAUAUUGCCGUAUUUUUUGGACUAUAGAGCGCUGUGGGGUAUAAGCCACACCCACUACAUAUUAGGGGGAAAAUAAUAUUUUUCCAUGUAUUAGCCGCACCGGACUACAAGCCACAGAUAUAUACGUCGUGAAAUGAGUUAAUUACACAGAAACAUUUUUCGAAAUGUUUAUUUAUUUACAUACCUUAAUUGUUUCCAAACAGUGUCUGUAACACAGCAGUAAAACGGCUGAUAAAACAAAACAGAAGUCAUCGUCAUGGACCCAAUAGAUGCGGGAGCUAACUCUCUAAUCAGCUAAACAAACUCAAUAACUCCACGGUGAUAUUUUGGUCAAUUUACUGAGGAAUUGCAGUAAGUUAACCUUUAAUUGCAAAUUAAGUAUAUUAACACAGACACUUGUAAACAUUUUAGCAUAUUCGCUAAUGCUAACGACGCUGGCUUGAUUGCAUUAUAAUAGCACAUACAUGCACGAAAACGUUCCUACAGGCCUCACACAUGGGACGAUUUAGUAAUCAUGAAUUGUUUUAGUUAUAUAGUAAAACGUUCAAACGUUGCUUGGCGUGAUAAAUGAAGAAUCCUUUGGAGCAGAAACGCUUUGGACGGUUGUACCUCCGGUUCAAAGGACAAAAAAGGAAAACAUAUUUUCAUCCCGCAGCACUUGCAGUGAAUACAUUCCUCCAGAAGAUGGCGCCAUAGCAUAAGCCAUAAGACACUUUUGCAGUGUGAAUACAAAACCCAAAACCAGUGAAGUUGGCACGUUGUGUAAAUGGUAAAUAAAAACAGAAUACAAUGAUUUGCAAAUC